AUGUGGGGCAUGAAAACUGAAGUGAUACCUGUUAUCAUUGGAGCAUUAGGGUUAGUGAAAAAAGGACUGGAUAAAUACACCAAUAAGACCCCUGGUAACAUCAACAUUUGUGGUCCAGAAGAUAGCCCCCUUGGCAAUGCACAUACGCUACGCAAAGUGCUCUAUAUGGUGAGCAUACUGCAUAUCCUCCAAAGACUCUACGCUGGUUGCUAUGCUAAACCCUCCACACCCCCUUUUGUUAGAAACCAACUGUUCUGCAGCAGCACUUCCAAAGCCUUAUUCCAGCUCUUCUGUUGCCCUGCUCGAGUGCUCGUUCAGUUCAUCAUUUACUUGACUGCUGACCAAGGCCUGUUUGUCACUGCGCACCGUCGCCAUCUGCUGCAACGAUCCGUCCUCCCUCCUUCUGUCCAAACAGCUCGGCGGCCGACGGCCUCGCCGCUUCCCUGCCCUCCGUCCCUCCUGCCGUCCCGAGCCCCGUCCCUGCCGCUCCUUCGUCCCCCGUCCGAGCCGUCCGUCCCUCCCUGCCACUCCUUCGUCCCGAGCCCGCCUGCCAGUCCCGAGCCCCGAGCCCCGUCCCUGCCACUCCUUCGUCCCGAGCCCGUCCCUGCCACUCGUCCCGAGCCCGUCCCUGCCGCUCCUUCGUCCCGAGCCCCGUCCCGAGCCCCGUCCCUGCCACUCCUCGUCCGAGCCCCGUCCCUGCCACUCCUUCGUCCCGAGCCCGUCCUCCUGCCACUCCUUCGUCCCGAGCCCCGUCCCGAGCCCCGUCCCUGCCACUCCUCGUCCCGAGCCCGUCCCUGCCGCUCCUUCGUCCCGAGCCCCGUCCGAGCCCCGUCCCUGCCACUCCUUGUCCCGAAGCCCCCGAGCCCCGUCCCUGCCACUCCUUCGUCCGAGCCCGUCCCUGCCGCUCUUCGUCCCGAGCCCCCCGAGCCCCGUCCCUGCCACUCCGUCCCGAGCCCCGUCCUGCCGAGCCCGUCCCUGCCACUCCUUCGUCCCGAGCCCCCGUCCUGCCACUCCUCCGAGCCCCGUCCCUGCCGCUCGUCCCCCCGUCCCUGCCAGUCCCGAGCCCCGUCCCUGCCACUCCUUCGUCCCGAGCCCCGUCCCUACCACUCCUUCGUCCCGUCUGCUGGUCCUUCGUCUCUCCUGCUCCACGCUCUCCGGGAGAGCGAAACAUCUUGCCACUCGUGUCUCUUCAUUUUCCCAUAG